AUGGCCUCCACGCUCGCCGUCCUCAGGCCCUCUGCGCCGGCCCCGCUCGCGGGGCGCCGGGCCCGGGCUGCCGCGCCGGCGACCGCGAGGGUGGCGCUGUCGUCCAGAUCUAGGUAUUCGUCGGCCAGGGUGUCCCUUGGCUCCGAGGUUGCAGUGGGCGCCGACGCGCUCUUCGCCGACUAUAAGCCCACCACCACUUUCCUCUUCCCGGGCCAGGGUGCCCAAACCGUUGGAAUGGGGGCAGAAGCUCAGAGUGUUCCAGCAGCUACCAAAUUGUUCAACCAGGCAAAUGAAAUCCUGGGAUAUGAUUUGCUGGAUCUUUGCACCAAUGGGCCAAAAGAAAAGCUUGACUCAACAGUGAUCAGUCAGAUGCUUAGCUUUGAGGACGGACUGAAGCUUGUCAAGCUAAGAGGAGAAGCUAUGCAGGAUGCUUCAGAUGCUGCCAAUAGUGCGAUGGUUAGUGUGAUUGGUCUGGAUUCAGAAAAGGUGCAAGAACUAUGUGAUGCUGCUAAUGAGGAAGUAGAUGAAAAUGAAAGAGUUCAGAUAGCAAACUUUCUGUGCCCUGGGAAUUAUGCAGUUUCUGGUGGUGUAAAAGGUAUUGAAGUAGUUGAAGCCAAAGCAAAGUCCUUCAAGGCCAGAAUGACGGUUCGGCUAGCUGUUGCUGGUGCUUUCCAUACAAGCUUCAUGCAACCAGCUGUUUCAAGGUUGGAAUCUGCGUUGGCUGCCACUGAGAUUAGAACACCUAGAAUCCCGGUCAUCUCCAAUGUUGAUGCGCAGCCCCACUCAGAUCCUGACACCAUCAAGCAGAUUUUAGCGCAGCAGGUAACCUCUCCAGUGCAAUGGGAAACGACUGUUAAGACUCUUAUGGGCAAGGGGCUUGAGAAAAGUUAUGAACUCGGACCAGGAAAGGUUAUAGCAGGUAUUCUCAAGAGAAUCAACAAAGGCGCUAGCAUUGAGAACAUCGGGGCUUGA